UGAUAUUCCAACGUCAUGGCUGCUCCACGUCUAGCGCUUGCUCCACUCUGGGCACUGCUCCUCCUGCUUGCGGCUGCCCACGCUCUGCCCUCGCCCGAGGGUCGCAUUCUGGGCGGAGAGGAUGCCACAGCCACGGAGUAUCCGUGGACGGCAUCGCUGCGGCACAACAAGGCGCACACCUGCAUGGCCGUCAUCAUCUCCAACACACAGCUGCUGACUGCAGCCCACUGUGUGUCCGAAUUGGGAACAACGCCUGUCGCUGCCAGCAGCUUGGGCGUGCGUGUGGGCAGCAUCAAUCAGUAUGCCGGUGGGCAGAUUGUCAACGUGAGGAGCGUCCUCAUCCAUCCAUCGUAUGGCAAUUUCCUGCACGACUUGGCCAUCGUCACGCUGAGCGAGCCCCUGGUCUACACCGAACGCAUUGCCGCCGCCAAACUGCCCAGCAAAGUGGAGGAGGCGGGCGAGGGCGAGGGCGAGGAGGAGGUGUCCACGGAGCUGCCCCAUAACACACCCGUCUAUGUGGCUGGCUGGGGUGCAGUCUCCGAUGGCUCCGCGCCCUACAAGCUGCAAAAGGCCAACUACAACACGGUCAGUGCUCCGUUCUGUGAGCUGGCCGCCGGCUACGGCUACGCGUCCACCCUGUGCCUGUCCAGCGCCGCAAAGGAGGGCAUCUGCAGCGGCGAUGCCGGCGCCGCUGUCAUCGAUGACGACAAGGUGCUGCAGGGUAUAACCAGCUUCCAUUUCGCGGACUGUGGCAGCUCCUACCCGGAUGUUGCCUCCCGCAUCUACUACUAUCUGGACUGGAUCGAGGCAAACACACAGGGAGCCUAAACGGCUCCUCUUGUUUUUUUAUACAUUGUUUUUUCAUGUGCAUAAAGUGUGAAAUCUUUCCAAGAAA